AUGCAUCCGUGGAGCCAGGGAGCAGCCCCUGUCCGGCAAAACGGCGCCAUCUUCUCUCUCUCCCUGGCCAGCAGCGAAGGAUCUAGCCCGCCAGUCUCGCAGCUCUAUCGUGAUCUCCCGGUUACAGAGAUGAAACCACGAACCAAGGAAGCAUCCCCGCCAGCAAGUUCUGGCCCGGAGCAGCAGGAUCCCUUUGUCGAUGGCCAAGUUGGCCUGACUCGCUGUCUGCCAGUCGAGUACUCCGUAGUCGAUAUCCGAAUCUUGGAAGAAGACGACGGCCUGGGUUCUUUUGACUGUCUCGUAACAUCUCCUUGCUUUCUCCUGCUCUUCGUCUCUUCUCCUUUUAUUAUAUAUAUACUCUCCGUACCGACCCUGUCUUUGUCUGCUGUCGGCGAUAUAAAGCUAACAAACGCCCGCAGCCACCCAGAUGAGACGCAGAGCUUAGAACUGCCUGGUUUAAGGCCAUCGAGAGACAUCUGCAGGCCCGUCUUGGGCGGAAUCACCAGCUACAUAUACACAUCAAACAUCGGAUCUGAAGAAAAGCAAGGAAAGAAGAACAUGGCGAUCGUGACGGAGACGGAGGUCAGCCACAGCACCGCAGCAGCGCUCCAGGAAAAGACCAACACCGGGCUCAACGGACGCGGGAACUCGCUGCAUGAGAAGGAGAAGCAGAAUCAGCAUCAUCAUCAGCAGCAGCACCAGCAGCACCAGCAGCAUCAGCAUCGUUCGGCCGGCCAGAAGCUGCGCAGCAAGUACCGCCAUGUCGCGGCGUAUCACUCCGAAGUGAAGCCAUCAUGUCUGAGCCGCGAGACCGAGAAGACCCCCAGCUUCCUGGGCUUCAGGAACCUGAUGGUCAUCGUGCUGAUCGUGAUGAACCUGCGGCUGGUAGUCGAGAACUUCAUGAAGUAUGGCGUCCUCAUCUGCAUCCGCUGCCACGACUACCGCAAGCAGGACCUGGUGCUGGGCGCGGUCCUCUACGCCCUUGUCCCCUGCCACCUGUUCGUGGCGUAUCUCAUCGAGCUGGCGGCCGCCCAGCUGGUGAAGGGGGCGAUUGGACGUGUGAAGAGAGAUGAGGCCUCCUCAUGCACGAGCAAGGAGCUUUCGGCGCUGCAGACGACCUGGGCGUACGUUGCGUUUGCGCAUACGGUCAACGCCAGCCUGUGUCUCCUGGUGACUACGUAUGUGGUCUACUACUAUAUACAUCACCCGGGCAUCGGGACAGUGUGCCAGCUGCAUGCUAUCAUCGUCUGGCUGAAGAACUGCUCGUAUGCGUUUACCAAUCGGGACCUUCGACAUGCGGUGCUCAAUCCGUCGCCGGACAAUAGGCUGCCGGAGAUAUACAUGUCUUGCCCGUACCCGCAUAACGUCACGAUAUCAAACCUGUCUUACUUCUGGCUGGCGCCGACGCUGGUGUAUCAGCCUGUAUACCCGCGGACCGAGCGUGUGCGGUGGUCGUUUGUAGCCAAGCGGGUGCUGGAGCUCGUUGGGCUGGGGGUGUUUAUCUGGAUUAUUUCGGCGCAAUACGCGGCCCCCGUGCUGCGCAACUCGCUGGACAAAGUCGCCAUGUUGGACUGGGUGUCUAUCCUGGAGCGGAUGAUGAAGCUAUCGACCAUCUCGUUGGUGAUCUGGCUAGCGGGAUUCUUUGCCUUGUUCCAGUCCUUCCUGAACGCUUUGGCAGAAGUAAUGCGGUUUGGAGACCGGGAGUUCUACAGCGAAUGGUGGAAUAGUCCCAGCGUGGGCUCGUACUGGCGCUCCUGGAACCGACCUGUGUACCAUUUCAUGAAGCGGCAUAUCUUCUCCCCGCUUGUUGGGCGAGGAUGGAGUCCGUUUGCCGCCAGUCUUGUCGUCUUCACUUUCUCUGCCGUCUUGCAUGAGGUGCUCGUCGGUAUCCCAACGCACAACAUCAUUGGCGUCGCUUUUGCCGGAAUGAUGCUGCAGCUCCCUCUGAUAGCUGCCACGGUGCCCCUGGAGAAGAUGAACGGCCAGGCCGGGAAGAUAAUAGGCAACUGUGUCUUCUGGCUCAGCUUCUGCCUCGUCGGCCAGCCGCUGGGGGCGUUGCUGUAUUUCUUUGCCUGGCAGGCCAAGUACGGCAGUGUCAGCAAGCAGGUCUUGUCCCAGAGCCCAUGA